AGAUUGGUAAAUUUUUGAACACAAAACAUUGCAAACAUAAAUUUAAAUACUACUGUAAGUAAAUACCAAACAUGACAUUUGCAAGAUUUGUAUCGAAUUUAAUAAAAAUGUAAUAAGAACCAAAGGAACAAAUGCAGAAGAGAAUAUUCGAGAAUCUGAAAAUAAUUGACAGGUGCCCAAAGUGGUGCGAAUUUUCAUCAGUAAUUUGACAAUAAUAUGGCUGGCAAUUUUUGGCAAAGUUCACACCAUCAACAGUGGCUGUUAGAUAAACAAGACCUAGUACGAGAACGACAACACGAUCUUUCUAUUUUAACCGAAGAAGAAUAUCAAAAAUUAUUUAUAUUCUUCUCUAAUUUAAUACAAGUGUUAGGGGAACAAUUGAAACUCAGGCAACAAGUAAUAGCCACAGCGACAGUUUAUUUUAAAAGAUUCUAUGCCCGCAAUAGUCUAAAAUGUAUAGAUCCUUUGUUGCUUGCACCUACAUCAGUUUUCCUGGCUUCAAAAGUAGAAGAAUUUGGAGUUAUUUCUAGUCAUAGAUUAGUUACAACUUGUCAGACUGUAGUGAAAACUAAAUUCAAUUAUGCGUAUUCACAAGAAUUUCCCUAUCGAACAAAUCAUAUUUUGGAAUGUGAAUUUUAUCUUCUGGAACAUUUAGAUUGUUGUUUAAUUGUAUAUCAACCAUAUCGUCCUUUAUUAAUUCUUAUUCAAGAUGUGGGCCCUGAUGAACAGUUAUUGACACUUGCUUGGCGUAUUAUUAAUGAUAGUUUGCGUACUGAUGUUUGUUUACUAUAUCCACCAUAUCAAAUUGCUAUCGGUUGUUUGCAAAUUGCUUGUGUUAUACUGCAAAAGGAUCUUAAAUCGUGGUUUGCUGAGUUAAAUGCUGAUAUGGAAAAAAUUCAGGAAAUCGCGCGUUAUAUUAUAAAUUUAUACGAAUUAUGGAAAACGUAUGAUGAAAAAAAAGAAAUUCAAAGUUUGCUAUCUAAAAUGCCAAAACCAAAAGCAGCUCCACAGCGCUGACAACAAGCUCUUUUAUCAUCUAAUAUCUGGGACUGAUGUUUAUUUUUGUUGAAUAAGUACAAGCUAUAAUUUGGUGUUCAUUUUUAUAUUUUAAAUAAAUAUGCUAAUGCCUGUAAUUAUAGUAAUUAAAAAAUGAUUUUCUUUUUAAAAUA